AUGGAGCAGGAACUUGAACAGCUUCUCCUCCAUUGCAGAGAUACACCAGAAAAAGAGCGAGAUUUCUCACCUCUAUACAAGUUUUUCACAAAAGUUAUACAGAAAGAUCAAAGAAUCAAGAUAACAGACAGAAUCUCCCCGUUAAUCAGUUUACUUUCAACUGCAGACGGAGGGUUAUUAUGGCCGAUAGCAAAAGACGUUCUUGAUGGCUAUAAACCUUAUAUGAUUGUACCUCCACUUUACGUUAAAGAUGGAUCAUACUCUCCGAGGAAGCCAAAGCGACUUAUAUUAGCAAAUAAUACGUUAGUUAUCCCGAAAUCACUCAGUUCUCCUAUAUCACCUCGCUCAACAAGGACGAAAACUUUUGUAAAACCAUUAACUGAUCGAGAUAUCCUUCCCAAGCUUGUUUUUUCUCCUGAAAAGACAUUGUUUCAUUGUAAACCAAAGGCCUCGACACCUCGUGGGCCAUCAUCUCUUUCAUAUACCAUUUCUAGAAAAACAAACGAAAUGUCGACUCCUUUUGAGAAUACUAGAACUCUUUCAUUACACGGAAUUGUUAAAAUAGCACCAGAUAGAACUGGCGAAUUCAUUCCUCUUAACAAAUUUUUAAAUUUCAAAGAAAGAACUUACAUGACUCAACAAAUUCCAUUCUUUCAGAACUGGGCACGAAACAAAGCAUUCGUAAAAUGGUACUACGCAUUCAGAAUGCGCAGAUAUCAUCAUACUCUCGAUAAAUUAUUGGCUAUUCCACCUUUUGAAAGCAAAACGUUUACAGAAGUAUAUAUACAUUUGAGGCAGACGAUAGAUACGGUCUUUAAAACGUGCCAUCUCAUUUCAAAAGAGCUUCCUUCAGAUAAUUUCACAGCAUUAACACAAAACAGCACACAGUCACUUGAAGAUAUGCGUAGACAGAUCGAGACAUUAAACGAAACACUUAAAAACAAAUUAGAACAUUUCUUCGAACAAAUUCGAGGAAUUGCCUUUUUAUUACGCUCAGAUUACGAAGUUCUCAAGAAAAUAGGCGCAUUGCCGAAGUCCUUGAUCCAGUAUUCCUUGGAAAAGGAAACAAGUUCCCCUUCAAUCACUGGAAUCCGAAAUAGAAACAAAAUCUUGUUGCAAGAGCGUACGCUUUCCCAUCUUAGAAAGGAGUAUAUUCCGAGGUUCUUUAACAUGGUAAGACUCUUUUUACGCGAUUUCAAUGGUAAACAGGUAAAUACAACAUUAAAUGAGCUUUACAAUCGUUUUACUGAGCCAGGCUCCAAUCAUAUGAUUACGUUAUCACUUGAUAGAGAGAUAGGAAUCAAAAUGGAGCCAAGCGCUGCAGAGUUUAUCGAAUGGUUUGAAAAUGUUGACAUGAAAAUAUGGAGUAUCUUCUUGACGUAUCAAUUAGAGCUUAGUAGUGAAGCCACCAAUCUCAUAUUUGAAGAUCAGCCGAUUCCUGAGAUCAGAAUUGAGAAAGAAUUCUUGAUGACAGAAGAAAUUUCGAGCAAACGCGAGAAAUGCCUCCAAAUUAUCAAAGAAGCAUUCGAAUCAUUCGAAAAGAGACUCAUUGUUCCACGCAAAUUCUUCCUGCAAACAAUAGAAAGAAUUGACGAAGUAAAGGGAAAUUUUGUUUACACGACGAUAGACGAGUUUACAAAACUUAUGAAAGAAUUCAAAGAAUGCAGUGAAAAAAUUGACCAACUAACGCGUUUAUUCACAUGUGGUGCCUUGUAUACAGACAUGAAACUUGCCAAAAUGCAAUUAAAGCAAAUGUUGCAAGUUGCAAUGGAAUAUGCCAAAGGUGUAGGCAUAAACAAGGCAAAUGAGAUAUACGAACUCAUUCUAGAGAACAGACAGAAGAUAAUAAACGAAGAACAGAACCAAAAAGUAUCACUUUUGCCACCAGAUCCGAAAUUUAAGAAAGAAAUCUUCACUCAAAUCCAAUCUCUCGCCACAGAGUUCAUGAUCAUUGUACAGAUACUGGCUGCAAACUACGGAGAUGGACUGAUAUCUCUGAUGGAAAAGAAUGAACUUGUAAAAGAAAUAUUUGGCCAAGCACAAAACGCUUUGAAGAAAAAGAAAGUCAAAAGACGGGUUCCAAGAAAACAAAAGGAAGAAGCAACAGAAGAAAAAUAA